AUGAAGGUCUCCGUCAUCCUCGCACUUCCUGCCCUUGCCCUCGCUGCGGCAACUCCCGCUGUUGAGGAGCGCCAGCUUCCUGUCAUUCCCAGCCUGCCUGGUCUUCCUCUGAACCCAACUUGCCUCCUGCGUAUCGCCGGCAUCACUUCCUGCGUCCCUGGUGGCGUUGAUGCUGACACGCUCCUGAGUGAUCUUCUCGGCUGCCCCGUCCGCGUCAUUCUCUCUGCCCUUGACUGCAUUCUCUCGGGUGUUCCCCUUCCUGUCAAGGAGUAG